AUGGCGGCGGCCCUGGGAACGAGGGGAGGGUCCUGGCUCAAAGGGUUCCCACGGUGCUUCCCGGGCACCACCGCGCGGGUAAGGCGCGUUUAUAACCGCGCCGGGACUCUUGGGACACCCAUGCUUUCCAAGAGGAGGAGGGAGAGUAUAACUGCAGGAAUGGGUCCCUUUGUAGGGCUGUUGCACACCUCCCACAUCCACAACUCUGGGUGUCGUCAGGAGCUCCAGUCUUGGCGAAAGCAGCAGACAGAUUCUUCAGUACUGUCUCGAUCACAGCUCCUGAAGGAACCUGCUGUUGGGAUGGUGUCUGGGUUAUUGGGGAUUCUAUUGAGCCACGGAACAAAAGUAAUGUAUCAAAGCGAUAUGCCUCAGGCUGCCUUCUUUUCACCUCUUCAGAAAAUGAUGUUGCCACCAAAUGCUUUUAAAGGGAAAGUGGCCUUUAUCACAGGAGGAGGGACAGGCCUUGGCAAAGGAAUGACAGCGGCACUUUCUCAUUUGGGAGCAGAGUGUGUUAUAGCAAGCCGAAAACUUGAUGUCUUGAAACAAACUGCAGAAGAAAUUUCUUCUAAAACUGGAAAUAAGGUUCAUGCAGUUCAGUGUGAUAUAAGAGACCCAACUUCUGUUAGUAAUGCAGUUGCACAGUUAAUUAAAGAGGCUGGACAUCCCAGUAUUAUUAUCAAUAACGCAGCUGGAAACUUUAUUUCUCCUUCGGAAGGCCUUUCUGCAAAUGCUUGGAGGACAAUCACUGAUAUCAUCCUUAAUGGGACUGCUUUUGUAACUCUGGAAAUUGGAAAAGAACUGAUUAAAGCACAAAAAGGGGCAGCAUUCCUCGCCAUUACAACUAUCUAUGCAGAAAGCGGAUCUGGAUUCGUAUCACCGAGCGCCUCCGCAAAAGCGGGAGUAGAGGCACUGUGCAAGUCUCUUGCAGCUGAAUGGGGUAAAUAUGGCAUGAGAUUCAACAUAAUCCAACCAGGUCCAAUAAAGACAAAGGGAGCUUUUUCUCGGCUCGACCCAACAGGCGCAUUUUUGAAAGGAAUGAUUGAGAGGAUUCCUUGCGGCCGCCUGGGAACUGUAGAAGAAAUUGCCAAUCUUGCCACCUAUCUGUGCAGUGAUUACGCAAGCUGGGUUACUGGAGCUGUCAUUAGAAUGGAUGGUGGUGAAUAUGUCUCCAUGGCUGGGGAGUUCAAUGACCUGCGUAAGGUUACCAGUGAGCAGUGGAAAAUGCUGGAAGAGAUGAUAAGAAAAACCAAAGGCUCAUAG